AUGACUUUGCUCGCAGACAAGAUCGUGUGUAUAACUGGUUCGUCUCGAGGUAUUGGGCGAGCAUGCGCGGUUGAAUCAGCUAAACAUGGUGCUACCGGUUUAACACUGCACUAUUUUGGAGACGAAGAAUCCGAAGCGGAGCUCCAGUCCCUGAAAGAAGAGAUAUAUGCGACGAGUCACGGUCAUUGUCGAGUCGUCGGUGUGCCCGGCGAUAUCGCAGAUUCGGAGACUUCACAAAAGAUUGUCAAAGCAGGUGUUGAGGCGUUCGGGCGAAUCGAUGUGCUCGUCAGCAAUGCGGGCAUAUGUCCAUUCGCCGAAUUCUUGACGAUGCCCCAUGCUACAUGGGAACGUACCCGACAAGUCAAUCUGGACGGCUCCUUUUACGUGGUGCAAGCUGUCGCAAAUCAAAUGAAGAGCCAGGUUCCUCAAGGCGGGUCUAUCAUCGGUCUGGCUUCCAUUUCAGCGCUUGUGGGCGGUGAAUUUCAAUGUCACUACACGCCGACAAAGGCCGGUAUUCUGUCGAUGAUGCAAAGUUGCGCUAUCGCUCUUGGAAAGUAUAACAUACGCUGCAACGCCAUACUUCCUGGCACUAUUGCUACAGACAUCAACAAAGAGGACCUUGCGAAUAAAGAGAAGCGGGAAUACACUAUCAAACGGACUGUGCUCGGGAGACUUGGCGCUCCCGACGAUGUAGCAGGGCCUGUGGUGUUCCUUGCCAGCGAUCUCGCAAAGUAUGUCACCGGCGCGCAACUGCUAGUGGAUGGUGGGCUAUUUGUUAAUCUUCAGUGA